UCGCUCGGCGCUGCGUCGCGGCUGCUCCGGCGGCUCGAGGCUCGAGAGCAGCACGCUUCCCUUCCGGAGCUGCCGGUCACCUCGCCACCGAGUGAGCGAGCGAGCGAACGAGCGAACGAGCGAACGAGCGAGCAAGCGAGCGAGCUAGCUAGCUAACGACCAACCGACCGACCGACUGACUGACUAGCCGACCGACCGACCGACUAGCCGACCGACCGACCGCCUGACCGAUACCGCACCGCGAGCAGUAGCUCAGUCGCGAGUCGUCAACCGAGCGGGUACGCCAGACGGUAGAGAACGCGUCUGCCAGCAAGCGUGUACGCUGACGCGCACACUUACACUUGUCGCACGCGGCCGACCGACCACACUCUCUCUCCGUUCUCCUAUCUCGACGCUCUUCGAUCAUAUCCGACGUUUGUGCGUUCACGUGGACAAUGAUCCAUGAGGGGAAGAUUCGCAUCUCGCUACGCUGACGAGCAUCGCCGCGGUCGCAGCCUGUUUCAACGUUUAUCCUGCGGAUCUUUUUCCAGCGGGUGCACGCUGCACGAAGCCGGGCGAGCGUAGUUUUGUGCGCGAGGAUGAUGAAACGACACGAGUGGACAAUACGAACCACAUCGAGGGAGUUUGAGCAGUUACGCUUCGAGGAACGUUUGUAAACAGAGAGAAGAGAAGCUCCGGCCGGGUUGUUCCGGUCGAACGAGGAGGGUCGCGGGAGCACCGGCUUCCUGAUCUUCCUCCUAACAUAAACUGUUCUGUGCCGUUCCAUAACCAGCGGUGUGUCGAUCGAGGGCAUAUCGUCGAGAAGGGUGGAAAAAACGGACCAAAGAUUUGGAGCAGGUAGCAUUUUUCAAAGGGAAGAGACGAGUGGUUCUCGGACGAGACGAGUGGUUCUCGGGCGAGACGAGACGCUCUCGAAAGUUUCCCGGUUUUUUUCGUGGUCGAACACUCGAGGGAUGAACGAGUGGCGUGGAAAAGACAGAUCGGUCAUGGAAGCGUCGAAAUCGCGACGAAAAUCAUGGCUGAUCGAACGGUCGGAGUAGUAACGGUUUUACGGUAAAUCAGGAGGCUGUGUGCUUUGUAGAGCUGUGGUGUCACGAGGAAGGAGCCCACGGUGUGACGCAUGCGACGUGCCGUCUAUCGCGAGAGCUGUGCGUCGUGGAAAACAUCUGCGCGACCGGUGAAGCUUUUAACUCGUGUGCCUCCCCGCUCUGACGUAUUACGUCGACGAACGGAACCAGCGUGGUCCUUGCGUGCUGUGUGAUCCGCAACGGGCCUCGAGCGAGUAAAAAAAGCUUGCGCGUGCCGAGAACGAUACAGGCUGAAUCAGCACGGCCACGCACUGUUCGCUGACCGUUUUGCGGGCUAUGCUCGAGAAUCGCUCGAGACCAGUUCCGUUCGCGAGUCACUUCGGGGAUACCGCGAAAAUAUUCCAAUCGUUGCUGGACGUUCAAAGCCUUCAUUCGCGAUCGAACGUUCGUCGUUGAAGAGUUCUCUUUCUACAUUCGGCUCGGUGUUCGAAUUCAUUCCUUUUAAAACGUUCUUAUCGACGACGCUACAACUUGAAGAAUCGAACGCGUGUUAUUUUUUCCAAAGAUUGGUACAACCGGCAGAAGACGGAAAAAAGGUGACAUCGUUGUGCAGUUUCGGUUUCUUUUGGAUGAAAAGGAUAAACAACGAUGAUCUGGUUGACGAGAAUUAAUUGACAAAGAAAGAUAGAGAUAGGUAGAUAAAGAGGGAGAGGAAGAGAGAGGGAGAAAAAGAGAGAGAGAGAGCGUGUUUAGCCAACACGGGGAGUUUCUACUUGGAAGGUUUGCAUCGAUCACACUCGACGCAACAACGCGUCCGGUACGCGUUGGGUUCGAGAAGCUGUCGUGAAUUCAUUAAAAUAUCACGCUUCGUCGGUCGCCGCGUGGUUCAAACGAGAAUGUUGCCGAGUAGGUGGCUGGGCCUCGAUAGGCAGUUUCACGCGUGAAUGAAAGUAGAAAGAGUCGCUCUAUUUUGCACAGCACUUGCGACCUCGACAAUGUAGCAGAAUCGUUUCGAUGAUUCUCGAGGAUACUCUGGAGUAAGAGUCGGAUCGUAGCUGUUAAUUCAAUACUACACGUUGCACGCCAAGAUAAGAGACGAGGAAGAACAGGUGGAAGAUCUUGUGCUCGAUACCGAUCUCGACUUCGUCGGAGAGAGAAAGAGGGAAACACGCAGAGAAACGAGUACGAGGCGGAAACUCUCGGUAUCGAUGAUGGUGGAAGGCAAGUUGCCAGGAGACGAUUGGUUGUCGUGGUGCUUGCGUUUCUCUGGUACGAGCUGCUCUUGCUAAUAUCGCGAGUCAAGUGGCAAGUAAACAAAACGAUAAAAGCGAAGGAAUGCCGAGAUACGAUGACGGACUUGGUGGUCGUGCACGAUCUUAGGAUCGCGGUGCCGUUGUCGGCGUCGUCGUCGUCGUCGGCGUCGUCGUCGUCGACACGUAUCUGGUGGGAACGCCGCCGGUGUUGCACGAUCAGCUAAUACAGAUAGAUAGAUCGUUCGAAUCGCGACAGGCCUCGAGCACGACCGGCUGCGCUAGGAGAUUGUCGAGGACUUUUUAACUCGAACGAUCCGUCGAACGAAAGCUUCGAGGAAUUCCCUCUUCUGUUGGUUCCGCUCGAGGACGAGCUAUCACUUUUCCUCCGGCAAUUCCAUCCAGUUGAGCUUUAGCCGGAUUAUUUCUUCAGGCGGAUCGGAAAGUAGAAUUCGCGAGGAACACGCGAAGAACAGCGAUCAAGGAAAACACACGAAUGCGAUCAAGGUACAAGAUCAGAGAUAACCGAGGAAAACACCAACGCGGAGAUAUACUUGAAGAACGUAAGCCGUCGAAUUACGAAUAUUAAGGCGGCAUUCGGACAUAAAAAUCUUUAUUCGUCGCUCGAUGUGCGAAUUGCUGCGGAAAACGCGUAAGCGCGUCUCACGAACAGAGUCCUUCUAUAUAUAGUCGAAGUCGAGAUAAUCGUUCGCGAACUAAUUGUUAUGGCGAACUAUCGAACAGUUCGAAGGUGAACGAGACUGAAGAAAAUUGAAAAGGAGUACGGCGAAGAAAUCAAAUUAAUAAAAAUAAUAACGAUAGUAACAAUAACAAAUAAGGAGAAGAGGUGAGAGGAGGGAAGAAAGGUGGACAAAUUUAGCGAAGAGAAAGAAAACUAUUCCACCUUCGAGCAUGGCCUCGGUGGCAGCGUGGCUGCCAUUCGCCCGUGCGGCGGCGAUUGGUUGGGUGCCGAUCGCGACACAUCCACUGCCACCGCCGCCGAUCCCCAAGGAUCGUCGCAAGGCCGAUGACGAGAAGCUGUUGAUAAACGUGAGCGGCCGUCGCUUCGAGACUUGGAGGAACACCCUCGAGAAGUAUCCGGACACUCUUCUCGGUUCGAACGAGCGCGAGUUCUUUUACGACGAGGAGAGCAAGGAGUACUUCUUCGACCGUGAUCCAGACAUCUUCCGUCACAUACUCAACUAUUAUAGAACCGGUAAGCUUCACUAUCCGAAGCACGAAUGUCUGACGAGCUACGACGAAGAAUUGGCGUUCUUUGGUAUCCUGCCGGACGUGAUCGGCGAUUGUUGCUACGAAGAUUAUCGCGAUCGGAAACGGGAGAACGCGGAACGUUUGAUGGAUGACAAGCUGAGCGAGAAUGGGGAUCAGAAUCUUCAGCAGCUACUCGACAUCAGGCAAAAGAUGUGGAGGGCAUUUCAGAAUCCACACAUCUCGACGGCGGCUUUGGUAUUUUACUAUGUAACCGGUUUCUUCAUCGCCGUGAGCGUGCUGGCGAACGUGGUCGAGACCGUGCCGUGCGGUAAUCGUCCGGGACGCGCCGGUACGCUUUCAUGCGGCGAACGUUACAAGAUCGUCUUCUUCUGUCUGGACACCGCGUGCGUCAUGAUAUUUACCGCGGAGUAUCUGUUGAGGCUGUUCGCGGCCCCGAGUCGGUGCAAGUUCGCGCGAUCCGUCAUGUCCAUUAUCGACGUGGUCGCCAUCCUCCCGUACUACAUUGGUCUCGGUAUCACCGACAACGACGACGUAUCCGGUGCUUUCGUUACGUUGCGCGUCUUCCGUGUGUUCCGGAUCUUCAAGUUCUCCAGGCACUCGCAAGGUCUAAGGAUUCUCGGUUACACCUUGAAGUCUUGCGCCUCGGAGCUUGGCUUCCUCGUCUUCUCCUUGGCCAUGGCCAUCAUCAUAUUCGCCACAGUGAUGUUCUACGCGGAGAAGAACGUCGAUGGAACGAACUUCACCUCGAUUCCUGCCGCAUUCUGGUACACCAUCGUCACGAUGACUACCUUAGGGUACGGUGACAUGGUUCCGAAAACGAUCGCGGGAAAAAUCGUGGGGGGUGUAUGCUCUCUCAGCGGUGUCCUUGUGAUCGCUUUACCGGUGCCUGUUAUCGUCAGUAAUUUCAGCCGAAUAUAUCACCAGAAUCAGCGGGCUGACAAGCGAAAGGCGCAAAGGAAAGCCAGAUUGGCACGAAUCAGGAUCGCGAAAGCGUCGAGCGGAGCGGCCUUCGUGAGCAAAAAGAAGGCGGCUGAGGCCCGAUUGGCCGCGCAGGAGAGCGGCCUUCAGCUGGACGACAACUACAAGGAGGAGGAUAUCUUCGAACUGCAACAUCAUCAUCUACUUCGUUGUUUAGAGAAGACCACGGAUCGCGAGUUCGUGGAGAUGGAGGUACCCUACAAUGGUGCCCCGAAGAGGCCGGGCUCGCCGUCGCCCCUGACCUCCCCCGCGCACAGCACUGCCUCGAGGGGCGGCCUGCUGCAUGCCUGCUGCGGCCGCUGCUACCCCCAACGUUACCAGAGCUUGUCUUAUCAGCUCACGUCGAACGAGAGCAAGGAUAGAGUGGUGCUCGUAUAUGAAGACCGUAUACAAGUUCGGAAAAAGGACCUAAAGAAGCGCGGUUCCCACACCUGUGACAUGCAGGCCCUACAGCCACUUCCGGUCCCAACCACCACCACCACCAACACCGCGCCUGCCAUGACUACUUCCGGUGGACAGCCACCGCUUCCGGUAUCGGAGACCGCUUGAGUCGAUCACCGAGACCAAUCACGAUCACCAUAUCCGCUAUUAUGAACAAAAAAGAAAAAAAAAACAAUAAUAAUAUCACCUUUAACAAACACCAUCACCGUCCUCCUCUUCUACUCGAUGAAAGAACAAUGGCCGACUGGCCGGAAGAACGCUGACGAUCGACAGAUAGUUACCGGAAAUAGCCUGACAUAGUUUUGUUCUUCGUGUUUGUACAACGACGUAAAGGUAUUCGUCUGUCGGCGGCUACUUUCGAUGACUCUAUUCUCACUUAACCGAAAUAUUCUUCGUCCGUUGAGAAAAGAGGAAAAAAAAAGGAGAGAGAGAAAGCGAGAGAAUGAGAAAACGUCGUCCUCUGGGUAGCAUCCAGCGCAUUUAGGCCGAGUAUUUAUCGUUAGUUGCAGAUCUCUAUUCCCCGUUCUGUUUGCAUGUGCCGCAGCGAGGAAGGAAGGUGGUGCGUCGCGACGCAAGUCAGCCGCGUUACCUCCGGUCCUCGGAAUCGAUCUCGUGUUCGAGGUUCGUCUGGCUGCUGGCAGGCUUUGCGUCGCGGCUGCGAACAGGAUUUAGCGAGGCUCGCCCUCUUAAAUCUACCGCCCUUCCUCGACGUUGAUCAAGCUUUAUCGCUCUACCCAGCCUAGAGAGCUUACCGUUCGUUCACGAAGACGCAUCGAGGCUCGCUCUUAUCAUCGAAGAAACAUCGAGAUCGAGGUGCCUGACUCUCGAAGAGAAGGCUGGUUGAGAACGAGGAAAUUGAAAUAGAUUGUUUAAAUCUAUCAAACUACGCUCAGUUCCUGAUUUCGGACGCUAGCAAAGAAGUGGAUCAAUAUUAAAUAGACACGAGUGGGAAUUUUAGAAGCUAGCUUCGUGAUUCACCACGUAUCGAAUAACGAGAGUACGUUUGCAAUGGACUAGCGGACUUCCGGUUCACUCACGGAGGCUUUGUAGGCGACCGUGAGUCAACAUUAGCGCAGCUUUCGUCAGGAUAUUCUGAAAACGGCGCAAAGCAGCUUUGAAAGCGGCCGCUGGCUGCGAGUUUCGCCGUUCAUUUCGAAGAUGAAACGUCUGGUCAAGUUUAUUCAGAGAUCAAAACAGCGGGGUCGGAGGUUGCCAGGCUUGCACCACCUUCAACAGUCAAACAUCCACACCUGGUCGGUUACGAAAUUGGAUUUACCCUACAUUUGUCCGUAGCCUUUUAGCCGAAACUCUACGUAGAUCAAUUUUUAGCCGAUCGGAGUCAAACUAAAUCAAACUGCUGCCUAUUAUUUUCCUUAAACGCUUACCGAUUACUCGAUUACACCCAUCUCUUCUACCGAUCCUCGGAUUCUCGUCGAUCCAUGAAAAUUUCCACUCGUCGAGCAUGGAAAUUCGCCAGUCGAGAUUUAUUGGUCGGGAACGAGGCUUCUCGCUUGCCGGGCUAUACCGGCGAGCCUCUCGACUUUUCGUUUAAUCGCGUUUACAGCGUAAUUCGGGUUGGCCGAUAAGCCGUGAUUCGACCCGGUUUCCGGUUCGAGCCGGUUGCGAAGUGGAUGAAUCGGCCAAUGAUCGAUCAGGCAGAGCGCGUUACUCGAAUAUCGCCGGUUAGAGGGUUCGAGCGGUCGGUUGAAGAGCGACGAGCACGCAGAAGGCGGCCCUGAUCUCCGAAACGAGGUCGAAGGCAAAUUUGCACAAGAGAAAAGCCCUACCCUCCGCUCCUUCCCAUGCAUUCCUACGGUUUCCUCAUCCUUGUUCGAAUCGCGAAAGCGUUCCAAACGCUACACGGCUUACGCCGUGUCUCGCGUCGUUUGUUUGCCGACCGUAUUUCUUUGCACAGCGGGGCGCUAUGCUGUGUCGUGGCGAUGGGGGCCGCAACGAGGCCUUUGUCAAGGGUUUACGAUUCAUGCGGUGUUGCGGCAGUUGAACGCCGAUUGCAAAGGCAAACACAGGGACAGACCACGCGAGAGAGGCAUUUCCUCGGUCUGACUAAAAUACCUGUCGACCUCCUGGCAACUUGGAGGAUCCUCGAAAUGCUUGAACGUUUUAAUUAGGAAGAAUCUUGAGAUCGUAGUGGUGGACAGGUGGCCGUGUUAUUCACCCUUGCUGCAACACUUGUUUACCCUUCUCGGGCUAAUUUCUCCCGCUACUCGAAAUCUAUAAUUCACGGGCUCGAUAAUCGGGUAUUAUCUUAUCUAAGCAUGGAGUCGUGUAAAGACUGACCAUUAUUCUUUUAACGCGAUCGAGCGAAUCGUGUAACGACCGUAGUUACCUUCAAUCAUGCGAAACUGUCCGAUCGUCGUUUAUUAAAGCGCGAGGUAGCUAAAUAUUAAAUAACAUGCAGUGUCGUUCGAAGCAACCAACGAACUCUACGCGAGUUCUUUCAGGCCGAGCACUCGGAGGUAGACAGGCGCCAGGCAUCCAGCUUUAGAUAUCGAUCAGGUUCGCGGGAGACACCGACCGCCGGUCGAGUGUGUUAUUUCCAUCGGUGGCUUUUUCUUUCGCGCAGAUAAGUUGGUCGUCAGCGGCACGAGCGCUUUCGCGAGAGACGAAAGGUUUCACUUACAGUCGGGGACACUCUCGAGUCCACCAGCCGCUCUCCUUUUUCGUGCUCAACACACUGCACACGGGGGAGGCGGGAUGGGGCGGGAUCCGUUUUGCCAAGCCUGUUCUUAGCCCAACAAUCGGUUCUUCUUCGUUCGCACGGGCUUUUCUUCUUCCUUUUUCUCCGAGGCGCCGUGACCGAGUUUCAAAGGAGGCCUAGUUCCCGCGCGCGCCAACUUCUCUGGCUUCCUGAAACGUCGCGAACAAUAAGCUCGAACCAACGACCGGGUAACGGAUGCGAGACACGCGCCUACUCGUCAUUUUUUUCCUAUUUUCUUUUUCCUUUGUUUUUUUUUGUCUCUUCUUUCUGUUUCUUUCUUUGACGCUGCAAAUGAAAUUUUUAUCGUGUGUUUUUUUUAGCCUUUAACGAUUCGAAAUUUUGACGUCCGAAGCUUGGGAUUUUUGAAGUUUCGUUACUGUUUAUAAACGUAAAUGAAAGUAACGAUGGCUAACCGGAGGGAGAAACCAAACAGGUUGCGGCUAGUUGAGUGCGCGCGUAUUCCACCAAUAUCCAAACUCGAUUUUCUCCAAAACGAAGCUCCGCAUGGAAUAACUUUAUUCCACGUUUUCGACGUAAUUUUGCGCGAAGAAUCUUCUUUUUUCUGCUCGCAGCACGAUUUCGGAAACGCGUUGUACAACGUGUUUCACCAAACUCGAGUCUUCGUGCAGGUCUCUGAAAUUGAAUUUCAAUUUUCUCCGCGACGUUUUUCUCUUCAAUAAAUUCCGUUAAACGGUAGAUAUCUUCAAAAGAACGGUUGGCCGUGGUGCAAAGAAGCGGGAGGAAGUUUCAAAGGACUCGUUCUAAAAGAAAGUUGGUCGCGUGGCUAUUUGGCACGCUUCGUGAGUGAGAUUUCACACGGCGCGACUUUUUAAUGGCAAUCUUGUCGAGAUUUCACGCGACGCGCUAACCAACCGAGGGAAUUUUUCAGGGGAAAUAUACUCGACGUUCUUUUAGCCUGAAUUUAACUCCUUGGAGAAGAUUCCUCCCCCUAGCGAGCCUGUUUCAUCACUUUUAGCCCUAGAAUAGUAAAGUAAGAGUGACUGGACCAGGACCAAGUGCUAGGAGAUUUCGCCGGGAUCUUAUCUCCGUGAUACUUCUUGACUUUAUGACUUUGAUAAAAUUCUGCUGCUCUCUUGGAACAUAACGGUCUGCCGAUUCUAUUUUCACGUCGUAAAUAUCGCUAAACGUCCCUUGAUUUCUUUCAAUAUAACUCGUAUAAAAUUCUCGCAUCAUCCUGUAUAACAAACAAAGGGGGAUAAGAAAGCAAUUAGGAACAAGUAUAAAUUCGUACCACGAUCUCAACCACCAGUAGAACUCUCGAGAGUGGAAAAUUAUGCGAACGAAGAGCGAGGAUUUUCGAGCUUGGAUUUUCAUCGACAGUCUGGCACCUCGAUCGAUCUUUCGAACGACCGCGACUUACGCGCGAAUGCAGUGUAUCAGGACGCUUUUAA